AAAGCCAACUCAACUAAAGCAGUUUACAUAUGCGUUAGAGAAAAGCUCAAUCAAUGUACAGAAGGAAAGGAAGGGCGGAAGGAACAGAGUCGAGCUAGAAGAAAUUAUUAAGAGGGAUAGGCUCAAAUGGAAUCAGCACCAGAGGCUCAGCCAUUGAUGAACCUGGUUGCAGCACUGGAACACGCAACCCUAAUGGCGAAGCAGCUCCCAUCGACAACCGACCAAUCUCAGAUUCUCCAAGUUUGCUCCUCGUUUCAGAACGCUCACCAUCAUCUCGGUGCCUUCCUUUCCCGCUUCCACUCUUCCCAACCUCUCUUAGCCGGCGAUAAUUUUGUCUCUUCGGCCGUUGGAGAGGACGAGCCGAUGCAGGUAGGAGACGAUGAAGAAGUAGAAGUAGAAGCAGAAGCCGAAGGGGAAGGGGAAGUGGAAGAGAACUCAAGGACCGUCAACAAGGUGGAGGAAAGAAUGAGGAACUUCGCCCUCCGGAAAAAGUGCCGCAAGCGCCGUCUCUCGCCUUCCUCCAUCGUGGCGGCUGAGCAACGACCGUCCUAUGAAAACGGUUCGGUUUGGGAGCAGCCAUCGUUUGAUCCGCGAGAGAGUCGUCUCCGAUCUCUGGAUCUUGUCUUCCAGUUCCAUGGCUGAUAUGAAGUGCAGAUACAUGGUCGGAGUGACGCGACCAACAGAAAACUCGCAGCACCAGCAGCAGCAUCAAGUCAAUGGCAGAGCCAAUGAUGAAAACAGCCUCUUCGUUUGGUUGUGGACGCUUUUCGCUGCUUGAAAUGAUUGACUGCAAGAAGUCUGAUGCAGUGGAAGCACAAUUUCAUCACCUGAU